GAGAGCUGAGAAAACAACACUGGAGCAGAGGAAGAAGCAACAUGGGAGAGCUUUGUGUCCGCUCUGUGCUGGUGACUGGGGCCAACAGGGGCAUCGGCCUGGGGCUCAUCCAGCAUCUGCUGGGGUUGCCAAAACCUCCCCAGUGGGUGUUUGCAACCUGUCGGGACCCCAAGGGACAGCGAGCACAGGAAUUACAGAAUUUGGCCUCCAAACAUCGCAACCUGGUCAUCAUCCCUCUCGAAGUUGCCAACCCUGCCAGCAUCAAGGCAGCUGCAGCCAAAGUUGGGGAGCACCUAGGGGGCUCUGGGCUGAACCUUCUAAUCAACAAUGCUGGAAUUGUCAAGAUAACCUUGCUUGAAAAUGAGACACUGGAAGACAUGACCGAGACUUACACCACUAACACAGUUGGGCCUCUGCUGAUGGGCCAGGCGUUCCUGCCCUUGCUGAAGAAGGCUGCCCAGGGGAGCCCAGGCUCAGGGCUGAGCUGCAGCAAGGCAGCCAUUGUCAACAUGUCCAGCAUUGCUGGCUCCAUCAGUUCUCUUUAUGCUUGGGAGGAGAUGCAAGUUACCUCGUACCGCUGCAGCAAGGCUGCUCUGAACAUGCUGAACAAGUGUCAGUCCCUGGCAUACAAGGAGCACGGGGUCCUCUGUCUCGCUCUCCACCCUGGCUGGGUGCAAACUGACCUGGGCAGCUCUGCUGGACACACGCCCCCCGUGACAGUGGAUGCCAGCGUGAAAGGGAUGCUGAAGGUGCUCUCCUCCAUCUCUGAGAAGGACACUGGCACCUUCCUGGACUGGGAAGGGAAGGUCGUGCCCUGGUGAAAUGCCAGUUCAGGAUCCUGGCAGCCGUGGGGACCUUUGUCACUGCUCCCACCUGCCCCUCAUCCUCA